GCGAGGCGCGCGGGCGGGCGCGGCGCGGCGGCCCCGGCCCGGUGCGGAGCAGGGCCCGCCUCCGGCACCACAUGAUGCCGCUUCUCCUUCCUGCCGCCCCUGUCCCGAGGAGAAAAGGGAACUGGGCGCAGGGCGGGAGGAAGUGAUUCCGCUUUCCCGCCCCGCCGCGGGAAACAGGCGGCCCCUCCGCCACCCCCCCCCCCGCUUCCCGCCGGGCCGGGCGCUGCCAGGGCAGAGCUGCGCGGCGUUGGGCCAUGGCGCGGCUGUGGCUGCUGGUGCUGCUGGGCGGCGCGGUGGCCCCGGGCAGCGCCUUCAACCUGGACGUGGAGCACCCGGCCGUCUACUCCGGCCCCGCGGGCAGCUACUUCGGCUUCGCCGUGGACUUCUUCGCUCCCGACCCAUCCUCGAUAUUUCUUCUGGUGGGAGCUCCAAAAGCGAACACUACCCAGCACAACAUUGUAGAAGGAGGCCAGGUGCUCAAAUGUAACUGGAAUUCCAACAGAAAUUGCCAGCCGAUUAUAUUUGACUCCACAGGCAACAGAGAUUUUGCUCCUGAUGAUCCACUGGAAUUUAAGUCUCAUCAGUGGUUUGGAGCCUCUGUGAGAUCCAAAAAUGAUAAAAUUCUGGCCUGUGCCCCAUUGUACCACUGGAGGACUGAAACGAAACAAGAGAGAGAGCCUGUAGGAACUUGUUACCUGCUCGCAGGAUCUAAAUCUGUGGAAUAUGCACCCUGCAGGUCAACCACUAUCGAUGCAGAUGGACAGGGAUUUUGUCAAGGUGGAUUUAGCAUUGACUUUACGAAGGGAGACAGAGUGCUACUGGGAGGACCUGGAAGUUUUUACUGGCAAGGCCAACUUAUUUCUGAUCGAGUGACAGAGAUUGUGGCUAAAUAUGACUCCAAAGUCUACAGUACAAAGUAUGAUGACCAGUUAGCAACCAGGCCUGCCAGUGCUGCUUUUGAUGACAGCUACUUGGGUUAUUCAGUGGCUGUUGGAGACUUCAAUGGUGAUGGCACAGAAGACUUUGUAUCUGGAGUCCCAAGAGCAGCAAGAACUCUGGGCAUGGUGUCUAUUUACAAUGGGAAAAACAUGUCUUCCAUGUACAACUUCACUGGAGAGCAGAUGGCUGCCUAUUUUGGGUAUUCGGUGGCUGCCACAGAUAUCAAUGGAGACAAUUAUACAGAUUUGUUUAUUGGAGCCCCUCUUUUUAUGGAUCGAGGUUCUGAUGGGAAACUUCAGGAGGUCGGCCAAGUUUCCAUUUGCCUUCAGCGAGCCUCUGGAGCGUUUCAGAUCACAAAGCUGAAUGGUUUUGAGAUAUUUGCAAGAUUCAGCAGUUCAAUUGCACCUCUGGGGGAUCUAGAUCAGGAUGGCUUCAAUGAUAUUGCAGUUGCUGCACCAUAUGGUGGAGAGGACAAGAGAGGACUUGUCUAUAUCUACAAUGGAAGAGCAAAUGGUUUGAAUGCUGUCCCAUCUCAAAUUCUUGAAGGGCAGUGGGCCGCUCGCACUAUGCCACCCAGCUUUGGGUACUCGCUGAAAGGAGCCACAGAUGUGGACAAAAAUGGAUAUCCAGACUUGAUUGUUGGAGCCUUCGGUGUUGAUACAGCUGUUUUGUAUAGGGCUAGACCGGUCAUUAGAGUAAAUGCUGCCCUGGAAGUUAAUCCAACCAUUCUAAACCCCGAAAACAAAGCCUGUUUGCUGUCAGAUGUAAAAGUUUCUUGCUUCAAAGUAAAGUUCUGCUUAAAAGCGGAUGGCAAAGGAAAGCUCCCUAAUACCCUCAAUUUCCAAGUGGAGCUGCUGUUGGAUAAACUUAAGCAGAAAGGAGCCAUAAGGAGAGCUCUCUUUCUCCACAGCAAACAGCCUAGCCACUCUAAGAACAUGACUAUUACAAAGGGGGGCAAAAUGAAUUGUGAAGAACUUGAUGCCUUCUUGAGGGAUGAAUCUGAAUUUAGAGACAAACUAACUCCCAUUACUAUUUUUAUGGAAUAUCGUCUGGAUUACAGAACAGCUGCAGAUGCAACAGGAUUGCACCCUAUCCUCAACCAGUUCACUCCUGCUAAUAUGAGCAGACAGGCACAUAUUCUGCUGGAUUGUGGCGAUGAUAAUGUCUGCAAACCAAAGCUGGAGGUUUCCGUAGAAAGUGAUCAGAAGCAGAUCUAUAUUGGUGAUGACAAUCCCUUGACACUAAUUGUCAGUGCUCAGAAUCAAGGGGAAGGAGCCUAUGAAGCAGAACUCUUUGUCAUUGUUCCACCCCAAGCAGAUUUCAUUGGUGUUGUUCGUAACAACGAGGCUUUAGCAAGACUAUCAUGUGCAUUUAAAACAGAGAAUCAAACUCGCAUGGUAGUUUGUGACCUGGGAAAUCCCAUGAAAGCAGGAACUAAGCUAUUAGCUGGCCUGCGUUUCAGCGUGCACCAGCAGUCUGAAAUGGAUACCUCUGUGAAGUUUGACUUGCAAAUCCGAAGUUCCAACCUGUAUGAUAAUCUAAGUCCAGUAGCGUUCUAUCAGGCUGACCUUGCCAUUUUAGCAGCUGUUGAAAUUAGAGGCGUGUCAUCUCCUGAUCACAUAUUCCUUCCUAUUGCAAACUGGCAGCCGAAGGAGAAUCCAGAAACGGAAGAUGAUAUUGGGCCUCUAGUUCAGCAUAUCUAUGAGCUGAGAAACAACGGCCCAAGCGCAUUCAGCAAGGUGAUGAUGACUCUGCAAUGGCCGUACAAAUAUAAAAACUACACACUGUUGUAUAUUGUUCAGUAUGAAAUUGAUGGGCCUAUGAACUGCACUUCGGAUAUGGAAAUCAAUCCACUGAAAAUUAAGAUUUCUGCUUCUAAAGAUGAUGAUAAGAAUGAAACACUUAGCAGGGAAGAUAAUCGUGAUCAUCGUAUCAGUCGAAGGGAUAUAACUGCCAUUGAAGGAGAUGUGCAUACCUUGGGCUGUGGAACUGCUGAUUGUUUAAAGAUAGUCUGUCAAGUUGGCCACCUGGAAAGAGGAAAGAGUGCAAUACUGUAUUUAAAAUCACGCCUUUGGACCCAAACUUUCAUGAAUAAAGAAAAUCAGAAUCACUCCUAUUCUCUCAAAUCAUCUGCUUCUUUCAAUGUUAUAGAGUUCCCUUAUAAGAACCUUUCCUUUGAAGAUAUCCACAAUUCUACAGUAGUUACUACAAAUAUUACAUGGGGCAUUCAACCGCAGCCUAUGCCUGUGCCAGUGUGGGUUAUAAUUUUGGCUGUCCUAGCAGGAUUAUUGCUCUUGGCUGUUCUAGUGUUCGUUAUGUACAGGAUGGGCUUUUUCAAACGUGUGAGACCACCUCAGGAAGAACAAGAAAGAGAACAGCUGCAACCGCAUGAGAAUGGGGAAGGAACAUCAGAGGCUUAAGCAGAGUUUUAUCUGUAAGACAUUCUGAAAUUUUAAAAUGCCUGCAUCUCUGUUAUGAAUAUUGGUUUCCCCCUUAAGGAAAAAACACUCACGACUGCAAAGCUGCUGGUCUCGGAAGGUAUAAGCACAUUCAAAAUAAGAGCAAUAUAUUUAAAUCCUUCUUUUUGUAUUAAUUAUGUUCAUACAUGUGACUAACACAUCUGCACUGAUUUGUGUGUGAAGAAAUUAAGUAAUAUGUAGUGCUACGAUUUUGCUCACUGGGAUGUAGGAGACAUCAUCUUUUUUGAUUCACGGACCAACUUUACAUGAAUUGCUACACAGAUUCUGCCUUUGCUCGUGAAGCCAACAGCUUCCGUAGAUACUUGCUGGAUGACAUGUUUAUUUUCGAUUGUUUUUUGGUUUUUUUGGUUUUUUUUGUUUUUUUUUUUUGUUGGAGUGCACUACAUUUCGUUUCCUAGCUCUUGAAAGCUAGUUGCACAAAAAAAAUGAACAUAGCUUGUUUUAUAAAACUGAAAAAUAUUCUUUGACCCAUUAACUCUGCUGAUGAUUUUCUGCCUGCUCAAAAAAUAUGAGAGAGAUUAUUCAGUGGAAUCAUUCACAUCUGAUGCUUGUUCUGCAUGUCUUUUCCCCUUCCUGCUCAGUCAUCUGUCUUGUGAUUUCCCUCCAGACUUUGCAAAUAUUGUUCGCCAGGUCCUAGGUCUCUUACUGUAGGGAUCGAGCCUACGGAAAUGGAAGCGAGUGGUAGAAAGCUGGGGAUGAUGUACUUUCUGUGGGACCUAGUGAAAAGAUUCAGGGCAAGAUCCAGAGAGUCUGCUGUGUAUUUCCAUGGAGCAGGAUCCAGGUGUUCCACAGAAUUCGUGGCAGCAUGGAUCCAUGCAGGUACUGUCGGGGACAAGAUGUUGCACUGCGGCUGCCAACAGACAUGCCUGAUGAGAAAACUCAUAGUCUUUAUGUUCACAAGUCAAAGCUCCACAGGGUUUGAAGUCUGUAUAUUACUGGGGUUAAAUUUCAGUUUCUGGCAAAAGAACGGAGGGAAUGCUUCGUGACAGCUUACCUGAUGCACUGUAAGGAAGCCGUUGUUAAUUCUCACAUUCUGUGGUUGACCAUGUCCGAGCGCAGGAUGGAGUAAUGUAGGGGCUGCUUCAACUCUACUAUCUGCCAGCCAAAUGUCUCUAGAUUACAUCAGUACUUUAGCCACGCACCUGCCUGGAGAGAACAGGGAGCUUGUCAAAUGAAGCAGAGUAUAGCUGGCAGUGUGAAAGGGUUGGAAAAGAGAAGGUUGAUCUGGCUUAUUUCCUUUCAUUCGUUGUAUGUUUCGUUGCACAAAAGACAUUUCAUUGCAUAAGACAUUUUGUUAUGUUCAAUACAUUUCAUUACCAGAAAAGACACUAAAUAUUUUGUUUCAUUGUUGUUUUUUAAACGUACCAAAAGUUCAGUGGUUUAAAGCCACGGGUUUAUGUCAUUCUUAGCUUAUUUCACUCAGCAUUGUUGUGAUAAAAUGAAGCUUCUUAUACUUCAGAGAGUACGCAAGAACAUUGUCUGUAUGCAUUUCAGUAGACAUGUAACUGCAAAUCAGGAGGUUGGUUGGCUUGCAACCACGUGUAGCUGUGUUGCACAAAUCUGAAAGAGUGGACAUAGUUAAACUAUUACAAAGGUGCCUUAUAUGAGAUUUGUUUAUUCCAGUGAGGGAGUAAAUUACAUUAUAAACUGCCUGUAUGCAGCCACAUACAGAAGAGACAACUUCUACUGUAAUCAUACCAGUGAGGUGUCUACGUAGACAAGCUCUUAAAAGGACAAAAACUCUGCUUUGGUUUCGUUUUGUAUCUUGGGGUUUUUGUUCAAAGCUGCAUCUCCCCCAUAAAUACUGUAAUGCCCAAUAAACCUAGAACUAUCUGAAAUGAA